AUGCCGAAGGAAGCAAGUCGCAAGGAAGGCUCCAAGCGUGACAAAUAUACGUUACAAGCAUGUUUCGAAUGUCAACACCGUAAAGUCAAGUGUUCGGGGGAGCCCAAAUGUUCCAGCUGUAAGACCAGGAGAAUCGACUGCCAAUAUGCGGGCGACAGUCAACAUGAAAUGCCAAUCCAGAAGAAUCGUCCCAGCAAUGAUUCCACUUCAGAAAUGUCCCCCAAGCCCCAACCGCGAAAACGAAGCAAAACCUCCAUCUCCUUGAGAGCGCAGCUCUCACAACUUCAAGAUCAAGUAAAAGCACUCUCCGAACAACGAAGCUUUUCCGGCACAGACAUUCCUGCCAUGGUAUCCUAUAACAUGCGGACGACAGACUUGGAUCGGUCCCCUAAGGAAAUUUCGCCUUCUAUAUGCGAUAUCUCAGAAAAUAAUGCUUUUGACAAUCACUCGAUUGGCAGUUUUGCUCCCUCAUCACAAGAUAUUCCAAGUCCCUUGAGGGAACCGAUGGAACCGGAUAUGCUCGGAGCUACAACCCCCCUCGCUCAACAGCCUACCAAUCGGCUCCCAACUCAAUGCCCUGCGAAGUAUGCGCCGAAGUAG